ACGCCAAAAACGAGGCUCAGAUCUUAGGUGGACCUGGAUUGUACGGGUAUAUAAACCUUUGAUUGUAUGUUCAUUUUUCAUCCCAUGUGUUGAAAAACAUAGUAAGAUACAAUCUCUUCUGGAGAAUUAAGUAACAAACAUCCCCAGCUGCGUUUAAUUCAUAGUUCAAAAACUUCCUUUCUUUUGUUCUGACAAUGAGUCCAGAUUUUGUUUUUUCAGCUAUAAGACGCCAUCCAUUGUUUCAAAGCCCCCGAUAGUUAUCAAAAAAGUGUGGACAUGUAAACUCAGGGCCGUUCAAAGAUUUCCUGUAAACUGUAUUCUUCCCUUUCGUCGGGGACGCAUCUGCUCACACAAGUUUUACAAAAAAAAUGUAGAAUGAUACGCGUUUGAAGAAACGGAAGAACGAAAAAAAGGUAGCAAUAAAUAUUUAACUACGUGUAUCUCUUCCCUUUGACUGGUUACUCGGAAUUACCUCGUCAUCUCUACACUUAAGGUAUUAAAGACGCCUUUCCCAGUCUGAGCGGCGCGCUGGUGCCGACACGCGGGCACUGGCCACAUCUUCCUCCCGGUGCCGGCGCUGGCGGUUCGGCGAGAGGAGCCUGGAAGGUUCCGAACCGCAGCUAAGUGAUGUCUGCGGGAACCUAUCAAAAGCGAAAGAGCCAAACCCGCGUCUACAGGACCGCAACGGAGGCGGGGCGUUCCGGUACUUUAAAGUUGGGAAACUUGGGUGGCGCGGAGCUUUUUCUCUGCAUCUGCGGGGGACCCGAAGCGCUCCCGGUACUCUUAUCAUACAUUAACUGGACUGAGAUCAAUCUUAUUUAUGCAAAAUGACCUCCAAGUGUCCCAGAUGCGAAAAGCCGGUGUUUUUUGCUGAGAAAGUGAGCUCCUUGGGCAAGAACUGGCACCGAUUCUGCCUGAAAUGCCAGCGCUGUAACCGGACCCUGUCGGCGGGCGGACACGCGGAGCACGAUGGGAUGCCUUAUUGCCACAAACCUUGCUACGCUACUCUCUUUGGACCAAAAGGCGUCAACAUCGGGGGUGCAGGCUCCUACAUAUAUGACACGCUAUCCCCAACCCCCGUCAACACAUCCAUGGAGAGCCCAUCUGAUGGUUCUCCCACCACCCCCUGGACCACCGCCCAGAUAAUCCGACAGCCAUCCAAAGCUGCGCCUCCCUACAUCAAGACCUUUGCGGGAGAGACGUCACACUGUCCCGGGUGUGGAAGAGUGGUAUAUUUUGCGGAGAAGGUGAUGUCACUCGGCAGGAACUGGCACAGACCUUGUCUGCGUUGUGAGAGGUGCAAGAAAACGCUGACAUCUGGUGGACAUGCUGAGUACAUUACCAGAGUCCUGACACCUGCCUUUUUAUAUCAGCAUGAGGGUAAGCCUUAUUGCCAUGUGCCGUGCUACGGGUACCUGUUUGGACCAAAAGGCGUGAACAUCGGAGAGGUUGGCUGCUAUGUCUACGAUAAAGACACAGAACAGAAUGGAGUUUCAAGCCAGUCGUAACUUUCCAGAUACGAGGCUGGAUUUUGAGGUGCUUUUUUUGUCCUCUGUCCUAAGUAAAGCACUACCAGCCUCUAUUACUGUAAAUAUAUUGGAAAUGUUGUAGAGAUUAAAUGUUUUUUUUUUUCUUAUUGAGUCAUUCUAGUGAAUCACAUUCUAUUUUUCUGUAAUGUAACUGUAAUGUGUGCUUAUUGAACUAAAAAUGGAUGCUUAGCCUUUUAAUCAUUAUUGGCACUCCUCAUCACUUGUUUACUUUUACAAUAUUAAAAGCUGUGCCUAUGAACAUGCUGUUUUACUUUAAAUGGAUACAGUGUAUACAUUUCUGAACUUGGUAAAAACCAGGUGUCUACAAGAAUGACUUGUAAAAUAUACUGUUUUCACUUAUUACUUUUUAUUCUGUGAAUGUGUGUCGUAUAAAUGCCCUCUCUUCAAAAAACAAGAAAAACAAAGAAAGGAUUGGUGAAGAUUAAGGAAAUGUUUUGUCGAUAACUGACAAAUUGUUAUUUUUGGGUUAACUGAGCUACCUGCGGUGAUUAAGUAACAGGAAUUCUGUUUUCUUAGGAUAAGAGCUGACAAUCACACCCUGGUGAGGUUACGUGCCUGGCCAGUCGACUGGCGCUGCAGCUCUUCUGUAAAUUAAGUGCUGCACUGUGGAGGAGGUCUUUUGGGGUAACGAUGUCUAAAGUUCACAUCAGCCUUUCCGAAAGGAAGGAGACAGCUUGUGUGGUCAAGGGUCACUGCUCAUAGAACCUACCUAUCCAUCCUCCACAUCCAGCCUCACGGAAUAUUCCAGAAAAAUCUAUUUAUCGACAUAACCCUCAUUUCUUAUUCCAUCUUUUUUUAUACCAUCUCAGCAAUGGAUUAUAAAUAAAGAUUUUUAACCCUGGU